UCCUGGCCUCAAGGGAUCCUCUCACCUCAGUUUCCCAAAGUGCUGAGAUUACAGGUGAGAGCCACGUCACCCAGCUGGGAUUCAAGAUUUGAGAAGUAAGGCAGUUCUGGGUGACAGCAGAGGUUGGGAGGGGCAGUGGAGAGAGCCGAAGGGAGGCUCAGUGUGGUCAAGGGGAUGAGCAGGUGGCAUGCCUCCAGGAUGACAGCAGGACUCGGGGACGAGCUAAAGACAUGCCAGGCCUCUGUCUGCCCUCACCUUCUGUCUCCAGAUACUGGAGCCCCAGCUGCAUGGGCUGCCGGGGAGUGAGCUGGCACCACUAGGAGGUGCUGCAGGGGGAAACUGUCUGGACUCCGGAGGCUCCAGCCCCACUUCCCUGUCCAGCUCCAGCGGGCUGUGGGACUGCUCCCUUGGUGGCCUGAGGGACUGCUCCCCCGGGGGGCCUGCGGGACUGCUCCCUCGGCAAAUGCUGGUAUUUCCCUGGCGCACUCGUUCCCACGUGGCCUGGUGGGCAGUGCCCAGGGAGGCUGAGGAGGCAGAGAACAGGAAGAGGAAACCCCCCUGGUUUCUAUCUCACAACAGGGACCCGGCAGGGAAACCCCACACAUCCUAAAAAGAAAGUGGCAGCAGUGGUUCUCGGGGAAGACCAAGAAACCCCAUCCUCUCCUUGAAGAUGGGAAAUCCAGGGCGGGGCUGAGGGCGGGGCUGUGCUGGAAGGGAGAUCUGUGGUCCAUGCGGCCCAGCCCUGAUCAUGGUCUCUACAGAGCAGAAACACCAAGAUUAUUCUGGGACCUGGCUGAGCCCUGAUCCUGACCUCAGUCAACCCGAGCCUGGCCACAGGCUGAGCCCCAAUCCUGGUGACUGCCUGAGCUCUCAUCCCAGCCAAAACCUGGACCCCCCCUCCUCCCAGCUCAGCCACAGCGCCAGUCAGCACCUUGGCCAAAGACCAAACUCUAGACCCAACCCUACAGGCUGCAGGCAAAGCCCCAGGUCACCAGUAGCUCUGAUCCUAAACCAGACACAGCAGGAACAUUGGCCCUGGACUAGGUUGUGAGUUCAGCUGUAGACUGAGUCCUGAUCCUGAUUAUAGGCUGAACUCAAAUCCUAUAUCUGACUCUGGUUAAAGAUGGAGACAGAGCCCUUGGCCCUGAAGGAAGCCCUAACCCUAGUUCCAGACAUGGCCUCAGACCUGGUUUUAUCCAGCCCUGACUGUGGUUACAAACUGAGCCCCAAUCCCACCAUCACACUGAGCCUCUGCCUGGCCCCAUGCAAAAGUGCAUGCAGCCACCCAUUGAGCACUGACUCUCUGCGCCACCUCCGUCGGCCAUCUGGUAAGCCGUAAGGGAGUCAGAUGACUCAAUUCCCGGGCUCCCUCAGGUGGGCCAAUCCCCUUACCUGGCCAUCCAUCUUUGGAAGGACAGGAGACCCUAGGAUGGUGGUGGCAGAGCUGAGAAUUAGCAGGGGGUUUGGGACUCUGCGAUCAACCAGUGAAUAGGGCUGGAUGGCUCACCCAAGCGUGGGCAUUGAGGACAGGGCUCGACGUGGGAGCUUAGCAGUGGGUCUGGAGCUUGGAUGGCCCAAAACCCCAGCUUCCUGUCACCCCCCACCAUAUCUCCCACCCCCUCCGGGAAGGGAAAUUACAUUUCCCCAUUUUAGCAAGGGGUGGCGAAAGGGAAGAGUGAGUGAACACAAAGCUGAAAGUACAAGCAGGACGGAAAGUGAAACUGGGCGCAGCCCCCAGUAUAAGACCCCCCCUACUCAGGAGAUGGCUGACCAAAGAGGCUGGGCCCCGGCAUGGGCCAGAUGGCAGGCGACCUUGGCUGGCGGCUCAGCCUGUUGCUGCUUCCCUUGCUCCUGGUGCAAGCUGGUGUCUGGGGAUUCCCAAGGCCCCCAGGAAGGCCCCUGCUGAGCCUGCAGGAGCUGCAGAGGGAGUUCACCGUCAGCCUGCAUCUCGCCAGGAAGCUGCUCUCCGAGGUUCGGGGCCAGGCCCACCGCUUUGCUGAAUCUCACCUGCCGGGAGUGAACCUGGACCUCCUGCCCCUGGGAGAGCAGCUUCCCGGUGUUUCCCUGACCUUCCAGGCUUGGCGCCGCCUCUCUGACCCAGAGCGCCUCUGCUUCCUCUCUACCACACUUCAGCCCUUCCAUGCCCUACUGGGAGGGCUGGGGACCCAGGGCCGCUGGACCAACACAGAGAGGAUGCAGCUGUGGGCCAUGAGGCUGGACCUCCGGGAUCUGCAGCGGCACUUCCGCUUCCAGAUGCGGGCUGCAGGAUUUCACCUCCUGGAAGAGGAGGAGGAAGAGGAGGAGGAAGGGAAGGGGCUGCUGCCAGGGGCACUGGGCAGUGCCUCGCAGGUGCCGGCACAGGUGUCCUGGCCCCAGCUCCUCUCCACCUACCGCCUGCUGCACUCCUUGGAGCUCGUCUUAUGUCGGGCCGUGCGGGACUUGCUGUUGCUGUCCAAGGCCGGGCACCCAGUCCGAGCCCUGGGGUUCCCAACACUGGGCCCCCAGCCCUGAUCGGGUGACUUCUUAGCCCCCUGCCCCUCACCCUUUAGGACUUUAGGAUUGGAGUCUUGGCGUCAGGGCAGCCUCCGCAUCAUCAGCCUUGGACAACGCAAGGCUGUUCCAGCCUGCUGCCCCAGGCGCUACCCGCUAACCGAAAGCCCCUCCAGUCCUCGCCAGCUAUUUAUUUCCUGGAUACUUAUUUAUUGUUUAGGAAGAUGAUGGUUUAUUUAUUGUCUCGGGGCCUGCUGGUCCUCCAGGGAUGCUGGGUGCCUAAUAAAACACUCUUACCCA